AUGAAAGUUACUGAAAAUACAAGAAGAUUAAUUAUUAAGUUAAAAACUAUCAAGCAGAUUUAAUUGCAAUAAAUUAUGAAUUCUUUGUUACUUAAAUGGAUGCUAUGAUAAACAGAUGUUAAUUUGAAGAAGUUUUCAUCUGAUGGAAGAACUUAAAGUGAAUAUAUCUUGUUAGAAUAACAUCAAAAAACUGUUUUACAUGUAAUUAAAUUAACUUUGCUAAAUUAAUAGUUCAUUAUUUAUUGCAUAUAUAUAGGACUAAAAGUGAAAUUGAAGAGUACUCGAUGUUUUUUUAUCAUAAGAUUCUGCUUUAAAUAAUACGAUAAAUGUUCAAGAGAUGAAAAAAGUUAAUAAAUUAGCUACUCGGUCUGUUGUCUUAAGAUCAGAAUGGAAUUAUCUCAUUAAUUUAUUGAAGUGAUGGAUAUGUUUUAUUAAGUAAAUAACCCAAGAUGGUAAUUUGAUUAAUUAACCAAAGCCAUUGCAGACCCAAAUGA